UUUUGGUGACAAUGAAUUUCAGGUGAAGAAAUGGAUACCUAAAGUUGGGAUGCGGGGAAUGAAUGACAUGGUGCAGCACAAGCAUUUUUCAAGAAUACUGAACCAAAAAAAGGUCCUACCAUCGUUAAAAGAUGCUGCUCCAUAUGUGAUGAAGUCUGGGAAAGCAAUUAAAAUAUUUUAUCCUAACCUAAAGAACAUUACAUGUUUGGCCUAUAUGCUGUAUUGUAUAACUGAAACCGUAGGUCUAAAAUAUGCUCAAUAUGAAUAUGCUGAUAUCCUCAACAAACAAGCAUCUGCCCCUGCUGCCGCAUUAGAGAUUUACUGGCAGAUUCACCUCUACCACAACAGCCUGUUUUAACUAGAGGUGGUGCCUGGAUAAAUGCUGCUAUCUUUUUACUAUGAUAAUUUUAAUGAAGUAGGGUCAGGUAAGAGACAGUAAAUUACCAUAGAUUUGUUGAACUUAACUGUCAGCUUCAUUCUAUUGAAAAAACUCUA